CAGGCACGGGCUAACACCGAGGGAAGUGGAUGCGUUGAGGGGAAAGGCCCAAGCUCGCCUUGGGCUCAGCGUCGCCAACACAAACCAACCGCCUCGCCUUUCGGCGCCUGGUUUUAACCUCUCCUUUAAGACGCAGGGCGCCCUGGCCACGCCUGUUUUGUUAAACGCGAGGCCGCUUGUUCGAAUUUGCGAGCCUUCCUGACUGCGGGGAUUCGGGCUCGGGUUGUGAAGGUCGCACAUGGCUGCCCAGCGGAUAUACAGUGAGGUGCAGGAUUACUAUGGCAAAGAGGUGAAGAAAACAAAGGACCUCAAAACCAAUUCUUGCCUUACUACAGCAAGACCUUUGCCCAGAUUUGUCAGAGAAGCGCUCCAGUGUGUACAUGAAGAAGUCUCAGCAAAGUACUACGGCUGUGGCCUGGUGAUCCCAGAGUGCCUAGAAAACUGUUGGAUAUUAGAUUUGGGCAGUGGAAGUGGCAGAGACUGUUACAUGCUGAGUAAACUAGUUGGGGAGAAUGGACAUGUCACUGGAAUAGAUAUGACUGAAGCUCAGGUAGAAGUGGCAAAGAAAUACCUUGAUUACCACAUGAACAAAUUUGACUACCAGAAUCCCAAUGUAAACUUCAUCCUUGGAUACAUAGAAGAUCUGGGAGCAGCAGGCCUCAAGGAUGGAAGCUAUGACCUUGUCAUUUCCAACUGUGUAGUUAACCUGUCUCCCAAUAAAAGAGCCGUCCUGCGUGAGGCCUAUCGAGUGUUAAAGACAGGCGGGGAGAUGUAUUUCAGUGACGUGUAUGCCAGCCAUGACCUGCCUGAGGAGAUCAGGAAACAUAGGAUCUUGUGGGGUGAGUGUCUAGGUGGAGCCCUGUGGUGGGAGGAUCUGUACAAAAUAGCUCAGGAUGUUGGAUUCUGGCCGGUUCAACUGGUGACAGCAUCUCGAAUAACCAUCAGUAAUAAGGAGCUGGAAAGUAUUGUAGGUGACUGCCAGUUUGUUUCUGCCACUUUCCGCCUCUUUAAGAUCUCCCUGGAUGAUUCAGCCCAAAGGUGUGAAGUUAUUUACAAUGGAGGAAUCAUAGGACACGAGAAAGAACUAGAGUUUGAUGUUAACUACAAGUUCAAGCAAGGAGAAGUGGUGGAAGUGGAUGAGGAGACAGCAGCUAUUUUGCAGAACUCCAGAUUUGCUACAAAGUUCCUGAUCAAUCCAAUACGGCAGAAGCUCCCAAUCACUGAAGGCUGUAGUCAUGAGAAAGACAAGAUCAGAGAUCCCUUUAAAUUAGUGGAGCAGAUGGAGGCAAGAGUGUCUGCGCAGUCUGUCUCACAAUGCUGUGGAUCUAAAGGAUGCUGUUGAACCUUGCUGUGUAAUAUCACCAGAAAGAAGAGUUUGAAACACCAUGAGUGAAUUUAUCAAAACAACAAAGGAAAAGAGGUUGUGAUGUCUGAGCAAGAGUGAAAGUAAAAGCAUAAAUAAUGCCA